AUGCCGCCAUAUCAGCCGCCCAGACGCUCUUCUGCCAGACAUAUUCCGCUUUUCCAGAAGCAGAUUAGAUGCUGCCGCUUUAAGAGUAGUUAUCGCUGGUUAACAGAACGACUGGAUCCACACUUAGGAAAACAAGGAUGGAUCCUUUCAGAGAGCGAUCAAAUUGAUUCGAGGGACUUUGAAAACAGAACAGCUGCAUGCACAGCUCUGCAUUCAGAUGUUCCAGAUGUUCCUCUGGCUGUGGUUGAGGAGAUCCUACUGAACCUGCCUGCACAUCAGGUGGUGCGAGUCUGUCGGCUGGUGUGUCGUGAGUGGAAGGAGCUGGUGGACAGUGCUUCACACUGGAGAGAGCGCUGUGAGAGAGAGGGGAUCCAGCCCUGUGAUGCUUCCAGAACCCCAGAAGACUGGCGCCUGUUUUACUUUCUAGCUAAGAAUCCACGAAACUUGCUCAAGAAUCCCAGAGCGGAUGAUGGACUUCGAGGAUGGGAGAAUGUUCAGAUUGGAGGUGACUGGGUGACAGAAGAAAAUAGAAAACCGUUUCCAGACAACAGUGUCACUAAAUGUUUUUCAACAUCUCAUAGGUUAUGUAUGAAGGAGCAACUGAUUGAUUUGGAGAAAGAAGGUUAUAGUGCUGCUCUCAUGGAUCAAGUUAAACCUCAUAUCAAAAUAUCAGACUGGUAUACCCCUCUCUCUGUUUAUGGAAGUCAUUAUCAGAUCAGAGUAGAGUUGCUUGAUCAAGAGAAGAAAGCCAUCUGUGGCUAUCGUCCUUAUAAAGUUUUCUUUCAUCAGGGGGACAAUUAUCCGUGGUGUCCAAUGACCCACGUCUUCAAGAAUUAUGGAUGUGGGGUUCGGUUUAUCCGUUUCACUCAUGGAGGAAUGUCUGGAAUACGACUCACUAACAGUAGUGUGGAGAUCUGUCCAGCUGCAGAGAGGCAAGCGAUAUGGCCGGCUGCGAACCACCACGCCCGGCUCUGUCUCGAUAUGGUGCUGAAUGAAGUUUGUACGGCCAGGUUGAGAUGCACAAAAUCUAACUUGCUCAAGAAUCCCAGCGCACAAGAUGGACUUCGAGGAUGGAAGAUUGUACGUAGUGAAGGUGAAUGGGUGACAGCAGAAAAUAGAAAACCACUUCCGGACACAGUCACCAAAUGUUUUUUAACAUCUUAUGGGGUAUGUUUGAAGCGACAGCUGAUUGAUUUGGAGAAAGAAGGCUACAGUGAUGCUUUCAUGGAUCAAGUGCAACCUCAUAUCAAAAUAUCAGACUGGUAUGCCCCACUCGAUGUUAGUGGAAGUGAGUAUCAGAUCUGUGUUGAGUUGCUUGAUGAGAGGAAAAACCCCAUCAGGACCUUUCAGCCUGAGAAAGUUAUAUUUUCAUUUGGGAACAGUGAGCCGUGGUGUCAAAUGACACACGUCUUUAAGGACUAUGGACCUGGAAUUCGGUUUAUUCGUUUCACUCACGGUGGGAAGGAUACACAGUACUGGGCAGGCCAUUAUGGAAUACGGGUCACUAACAGUAGUGUGGAGAUCUAUUCAGCUGAGGGGUCCGGUCUCACAAAUCGUAACUUGCUCAAGAAUCCCAGCGCACAAAGUGGAUUUGAAGGAUGGGAGAUCAUACAGAAUGGAGGCGACCGCUGGGUGAUAUCAGGAAAUAGGAGAAUAUUUCCGGUCAGGAAAUGUUUUGUAACGUCUUAUGGGUUAUGUUUGAAGCAGCAGCUGAUUGAUUUGGAGAAAGAAGGAUAUGUUGCUGUUUUCAUGGAUCAACAGCAACCUCAUAUCAAAAUAUCAGACUGGUAUGCACCACGUUCUGAUUGUGGAAGUGAGUAUCAGAUCUGUGUAGAGUUGCUUGAUGAGAAGAAGAAACCCAUCAGGACCUUUGAGCCUGAGAAGGUUUUCUUUCAACAGGGGAAGAGUGAGCCGUGGUCUCAAAUGACCCACGUCUUUAUGGAUUAUGGACCUGGAGUUCGGUUUAUCCGUUUCACACAUGGAGGGAAGGAUACAAAAUCUUGGAAAGGCCAGCAUGGAAUACAGGUCACUUACAGUAGUGUGGAGAUCUAUCCAGUCUGAUGCUACAGAUUGAUUUUUUUUAUCCUUCCUAAAUUUAACUGGAGCAAAAUUGACUUUCAAAUGAGGAAUUGUAAUGAUACAAUAUGCCAUAAGGAGAUAUAUCAAACAUAUAUCAAAUAUAACAUAGUCUAAUUGUAAAUGUAUUCUGUUCCAAUAAACAUUAUAUGUUAUACUGUUAAAAUGAAGGACCUUAGUCGACGACUAUAACCAGCCAUGCACUGCUUAUGAAAUAAUCAAUUACUUAAGUGCAAUAAAUGUCUCAAAGUUA